AUGCUCAAGUCCUCAGUGCCGCUGCUGAAUCAAUUUAAAUAUAUCGUCGGUCCAUCAAAAUACGGUAUAUAUCCUCUACUGCCUCCUUCAUCAGCGUCAACUUCUUAUCCACCUCCUCGGUAUGUGCCAGAAACAAUCGCAAGACCUGACUACGUGCCGAAGAAUUUCUUCACUUCCGGUUGGGGUGAACAUGAUUCAGUAGAAAUACCAGAAGCGCAAGCUCAACGCAUAGAAAUGGGAGGAGAAGGUGAAAGGAGGGUAAGGGAAGUAGCUAAAAUGGCCAGAGAGGUAUUGAAUGACAUAGGUCGUCUAGUACGGCCAGGUGUGACUACUAAUGAACUCGAUAAAGCUUUACACGAAAUGAUAAUUUCAAAAGGAGCUUAUCCUAGUCCAUUAGGAUAUUCAAGCUUUCCACGAAGUUGCACCACAUCAGUAAACAACGUGAUUGCUCAUGGAAUACCAGAUGAACGUCCAUUAAAUCCUGAGGAUAUAAUCAAUAUCGAUCUCACCUUAUACUUCAACGGGUACCAUGGAGAUACAUCGGCUACUUUCAUCUUAUCAGAAGUAGAUAAACCCGGAAGAGAUUUAGUUGAAGCGACGAAAGAAGCAUUGGAAAUUGGUAUCAAAGCUUGUGGACCAGGAAAAAGAUAUAAAGAUAUUGGAGGAGAGAUAGAAGACUUUGCAAGACGUCAUGGAUUUUCAGUCAAUGGUCAAUUCUCAGGGCAUGGUAUAGGUAAAAUAUUUCAUCAUCCUCCUUGGAUAUUUCAUUUGCGUAACAACGACGUAGGGAAGAUGAGACCUGGGGAUUGUUUUACAAUAGAACCGUGUCUUGUUCAAGGAUCAAACUCUAGAGGAGAAUUAUGGGAUGAUGGUUGGACCAUGGCCACUGAAAGCGGAGCUAGAUCGGCUCAAUUCGAACAUCAAGUUUUGAUAACGGAAGAUGGGGUUGACGUCUUGACUCGUAUAUGA